AUGCUGAUGAUGGAAGCUCACUCCGCCUCCGCCGCCGCCGCCGCCCUCUUCCCCGUCGCCAGCAUCCGCUCAUCUACUAGUUUCCUCUCACACUCAUCCGCCCUUUUCAUCCCGCGGAUUUACAGGAGGUGCGCCGGUAGGUUGAAGAGUGCAAAUGGAAUUAGAGCUUUUGGUCCGGAGCCGGCUUCGGUAAAGCCGAAUGCAAAGCCGCAAUGGUAUCAUCCGUUGGAAGAAAUUGCGGAGCCACGGUUUUUGAAGAAUGGGGAAGCUAAACUCACGCGUGCCGAGACUUCUAGAACGAUAAUCGAGGUGAAUAGCAAGGCCACACUGAUGUUUUCUGGUCUGAUCGAUGAAGAAUUUCGUGAUGACAUAUUCUGGGCGGACUUACCUUAUGUGACCGAUGAACAUGGAAAUAUUUACGUUCGAGUGAAGACUGAUGAAGAUAUCUUGCAAACCCUUACAUCCGAGGAAGCCGUUGUGCAAGUCAUCAUUGGACUUGAUACUGCAGAAAUGAUUAGUGAGACGGGGGCACUGAGUCAUGCAGAAAUCGACUUUGGCAUAGAUGAGCUGGAUGAUAGUGGAUUUGAUGCUGAUGAGGAUGAUGAUGAUGAGGAAAAGGAUGAAGAUGAAAGUGGUGAAGAUGAAAAUGACACAGAUUGGGUAGCCAUCCUUGAUGAGGAUGAGGAGAGUGAUGAUUCAUUGGGAGACUGGGCUAAAUUGGAGACCAUGCGUUCUUCUCAUCCUAUGUAUUUUGCCAAAAAGCUAGCUGAGGUUGUCUCGUAUAAUCCUGUAGAUUGUAUGGAACAGCCAACUACUGGCCUUGCUGUCCAUGGCCUUCUAAGGCCCACAUUCAUUGAAGAAAAUUAUGUUAUUCAAAGGCAGAUAUCUGAUCCUGAAUCUGGUGAUGAGGAUACAAAUCAAAUGGUCAAUGAGACCGUACAUAUAAAUGGGCACGGACAUGAAGGAGAAUUAACAAGGGAUAACCCAAGUUUGGAUGGAGACCUUGAGAAAGAUGAAACUCUGGGAAAUGGAUUUGCAUUUUACAAGCUAGAGAUGAUUAAGAUUCAUCUAAUUUCAGCUCAAGGAGAUCAGAGUUACGUUGAAAUAGAAGAUUUUGGGAGGGCUAAACCUGAUGCCAUAGCACAUUCAGCUGCGAAAAUCAUAUCCCGCCUCAAAGCUGGUGGAGAUAAGAUCACGCAAGCUCUGAAAUCUCUGUGUUGGAGAUCCAAGGGUAUUCAAGUGGAGGAGUGUGCUCUUAUCGGAUUAGACAGCCUUGGUUUCGACUUGCGAGUUUGCUCUGGAACACAAGUUCAGACAUUACGUUUUGGCUUCAAGAAGAAGGCAUUAUCGGAAUAUAGUGCUGAGAGGCAACUAAACGACUUACUCUUUCCUCGAACACACAAGUAUCAACAAAAGAAAGAAGCGCAACAGACCGAGUCAUGUGGUGGUGGAGCUUCUGUGGGAGGUGCCCAAAUGGGUAAAGUUCAUUACGGUUUUCGUCACCUUCGGGUUGUCAGCGCUCGGGAUUGCGUACAGAAGCUUUCGACGAGAGCUUGGAGGAGGAGAAGAAAAGGACGUUUCUUGGGUUUGAAGAGGUGGGGAAGAAUUGGGAUGAGAUGUGGAAGGAAGGAAGAUGGAAUUUGA